AUGUUCUCAAGGUAUUUGCGUUGUAAUUACGAACACUCUGAUGGCAGAAUAAAGUACUGGAAGGGAUAUAAAUCAGGGAAAUGGAUUGACAUGGUUUUGCUUCCUUUCAUCGUAGCAGGUGAGCAGGCUAAAGGAAACAAUUUCUCUAAAGCAAUGAUUAAGGUUUUACAAAAUCGAAUUAUUAACGAGAAAGCCUUUUUUACAGGAUCGAUGUGA